AUGCAACAUUCAACAAAAAUCCAACUAAAGCACAAAAGCAUUCAAAAAUCGAGCCAAUCGAAUACGGCACCACCGUGCAGAGAAAGGGCUUACAUGGAAGACGCAUCUAUCCAGGAUAAACCUCCCAGCCAUGAACCCCAAGGAGAAGCUCACUGCGGACUUCUAAAUCAAUUCCAUCCGUUGAUUCAAACUUUAAUUGGGACGAACAAACAUCAAUCGAUUAUUGCAGGCGUUGUCGUCUGCUUCAUACCCGACGUUGAGCCUGCGGUCGAUGCUGCAGGUGAGGAGGCGGGGGCGACAGUGGAUGACAUGGUAUGUGGUCGAGGACGCUGGCUUCGUGGGAGGUAUGUGGCCGUGGGGACCACGAACGAGGCGGUGAUACCAAGUGGGAUCUGGUCCGCUGCUGAUCGGAUUGUAUUUUGCCUCGCCGUGAAAUUCCCGAUUUCUGCUGGCAAUGGUGCCCUACAACGGCCAUAA